AUGGCCAUGAAUAACUAUCAGUGGCCUAGUGAACGAGAUAGAAAUAAGAAGGUAGCUGGUAUGCAUGAGAUGGAUGCUAUUACCGCUCUCACUGGUCAGUGCAUGGUAGUUGAGAUGAACAAUUCCAUUCCCAUGGAACAGGAGAAUAUGAUGGAAAAUUUCAAUAGGCAAGCUAAUUACCCAUUCUCCAACCCGUUCAACCAAGGGUGGAGAAAUCAGCCUAAUUUUGCAUGGAGAAAUAAUCAGGGUCCUCAACAAAUUCAGAAGCCUAUGCUUCAACCUCCACCUCAGGCAUCGUUACAACCAUCGGUACUUCCUGCUUCUCAAGAGAAGAAAAAUGAGUUACAAGCUGCAUUGUUAACUCUGACCAACUUUCAAUCUCAAUUUAUGACAGAAACUCGCUCAUCCAUCUGGAAUCUUGAGAUGCAAUUUUUUGAAGUUGAGAAUGAGGGUAAGGUAGAAGAAGAGGUUAUUGACGACCUUAAGAAGAAGCAGUCACCAGUGAGCUAUGAGCAUGACAUCAAGAUUCCAUAUCCUCAGCGACUUCAGAAAAAGACACUUGACAAGCGAUUUUCGAAGAUUCUAGACAUUUUUCAAAAACUUCACAUUAACAUAACUUUUGCCAAGAAGAAACUACCUGCCAAGCUUAAAGAUCCGGGUAGUUUCGCGAUUCCUUGCUCAAUAGGAGAUACUGUUAUGACCAAAGACUUAUGUGAUUUAGGGGUUAGUGUAAAUUUAAUGCCCUUAUCUAUUUUUCGAAAGCUGAAAUUGGGAGAAGCUCGCCCAACUACUACGUCCUUACAAAUGGCAGACUGCUAUGUUAAGCGACCUCGUGGAGUAAUUGAAGAUGUCUUAGUUAAGGUUGGUAAAUUUAUCUUCCCUGCUGAUUUUAUUAUUCUAGAUAUGGAGGAAGAUGCAAACAUUCCCAUAAUUUUUGGAAGACCAUUCUUAGCCACAGGGAGAGCACCAAUUGAUGUACAAAAGGGGGAGUUGAAGCAGCGAGUGCAAAACGAAGAGGUAACAUUUAAUGUGUUUGCAGCAACUUAUAUUCCAACUUGUUGUAGAGUGGAUGUGGUAUGUAGUGGUGGUAGUAAUUUGGAAACCACCAAGAGAAAAACCAAUGCUGAAAUUGUUAGUCGAGUAGUUCAUCAUUGA